UUCUUUAUAUGCUUUACCUGUCUACACCUCAUAAAACAUGUCCAAGUCCAUCUUCCCUGCCUCCAGCGACAACAUCCAGCAGUUGAUCGAGUCGUUGCCUUUUAAGCCAGAGGAGAUCCUCAGAGCGUCGCCGAUCGCCGGCAGCCAGGAGACUGGCUACACCGCCACCUACAGAAACAAGUUCUGCAUUGAUAACGGGAACCAGCUCUUCGUCAACAUCCACCCGUCGUUGCGGACAUUGCACGACCUCUUCGUGAAUGCAGUCGCAAUGUACCCGAAUAACGACUGCAUGGGCAAGCGGCUAUUCGACAACACUCUCCGCGACGCGCACGACACGUUCUAUUCGUGGGAGUCGUUUGCGCAAGUGGACGUGCGCAAGCGUAACUUGGGGUCCGGAAUCUUCCACGUGGUGCGUAACAGUCCAUUCCGCACGGCAAUCCAUAACGUUGACGACUUUGUGGUGAGUUUGUAUUCGGGCAACCGUGUAGAAUGGUUGCUUGCGGAUUUGGCGUGCCAAUCAUAUUCGCUCACCAACACAGCGUUGUACGAUACCUUGGGCGAGGGCACAUCGCGUUAUAUCUUGGAGUUGACAAAGUCGCCGAUUGUCAUAUGCUCGAGGGAGAAGAUUCAGGGGCUCUUCAACAUUCAGAUCGAAAAGCCGUUACCAUAUCUCCUCGCAGUGGUUUCGAUGGACCCGUUGAGCGCACAGGAGCGUGCGCACUACUCGCAGCAGGCAUGUGAGUUGGGCAUAGAGUUGUGUGAACUUGCAGAUGUCGAAGCUGCAGGCGCGCAGCACCCAAUAGCCGAGAGGCCGCCCACCCCGGACGAUUUAUACACCAUUUCCUUCACCUCUGGCACCACCGGUAACCCCAAGGGGGUGGAAGUGCACCACGAGAUGGGCGUCAGUGGUGUCACAAUGUACUUGGCCCAGGCAGAUGUGCCGAAGGGUCUGGGCCAUGAAAUGUGCUUCUUGCCAUUGGCACAUAUCUAUGAAAGGGGGGUGGUUUCCGCGUAUUUGUCGAUCGGAGUAGGUUUCGGGUUCCCCGUAGCCUCCUCCCCGUUGACGCUUGUGGAAGAAUUAAAGGCGUUGAAACCAACCACGUUGGAGGCGGUUCCACGUGUGUUUUCAAAGAUCGAAUCGGAAAUCAAAGAAGCGACGAUUAACUCCGAAAACGAAGUGUUUAGAGCCUUGGCCCGCGAUAUCAUCACGCGGAGGUUGCACAAUAUCAAGACCCAAGGGGUCUUCGCGAACAACAGCCAAUACAGCGAAACGUUCACGACCCAGCUCAAGAAGCAGUUGGGGUUGGACCAGACAAAAUUCUUGUGCUCUGCCUCUGCUCCAAUCAGCAACGACACUAUGAACUUCUUCAAGAGUGCGUUGAACGUCGGCUUUGCGCAAGCAUACGGCUUGACGGAGACCUUCGGUAUUAUGUGCAUGUCCGAUCCGUUUGAACGCGACGCGGGCUCGUGCGGGUUACCAGGAAUCUCCGGCGAAAUGCGUCUUCGCGACGUGCCGCAGAUGGGCUACACCGCCGGCGAUAGACAGGGGCCAAGGGGAGAAUUGCUCUUAAGAGGGCCGCAGAUCUUCAAGCGGUACUACAAGAAUAAGGACGCGACGGAUGAGUGUUUUGACAAGGAUGGUUUCUUCUGCACAGGGGAUGUAGCCCGAUUCGACGAACACGGAAGGGUGUACAUCAUUGACAGAGUCAAAAACUUCUUCAAGUUGGCCCAGGGCGAGUAUGUGACCCCAGAGAAGAUUGAAAACAAGUACUUAUCCCACACCACGUUGGUGAAUCAGUUGUACGUGCAUGGAGACUCUUUGGAGACGUAUUUGGUGGCGGUAGCGGGUUUUGACCCCCACGUUAUGGCCAAGUUUCUCCAUCGUAAUUUUGAUGUGGUGUUGAAUCCUGAGACCCACGUAGUGGAGAUCGAGGCGAAGUUGAAUGAAUUAAGAGUCAAGACCAAGGUUUUGGAGGCGUUGAAUGCUGAUGUCAAGCUGGCGGGCUUGGCAGGGUUCGAGAAGAUCCACAACAUCUUCUUCGAACGCGAGCCGUUGACGGUGGAAAGAGAAGUUUACACCCCGACCUUCAAGUUGAAGAGAUCGGCAUGCAAAACGUUUUUUGCUGAGGAGUUGAAGAACAUGUACGGCCAGGGCUCGUUGGCCAAGUACUCGAAGUUGUGAAAAGUUAAAUGCGUAGAGUAGAAGGUGUGGGAUUACGUCAGGUUUAAAUGAUAUAAAGCCCGUAUUAACUUUCAGUGGUUAGGUUAAUAUUUACGAUCUCAUUUUCUGCAGAACUGACUAGACUGGCCAUCUUUAAGCGCCGCAUUUCCUUUGUCUCU